CGCAGCAAUGGCGAGACCGUGAGUGCCGCUGACGGGAGUCGGGAGAACGGGCUGGAACGGGGUUCGGGCGAGAUCGGGCCAGCAGAGACCCGCCAGGCUGGGGCCGCCUGGAGCGGGGCGGCAGCCUGGGCCGCGAAGCCCCUCCGGGCCCCGACAGCCGUCCGCGACCGAGCUCCCGCCUCUUCCCCAGAUGCCGCGUCACUGCUCCGCUGCGGGCUGCUGCACACGGGACACGCGCGAGACGCGCAACCGCGGCAUCUCCUUCCACAGGCUCCCCAAGAAGGACAACCCGCGGCGGGGCUUGUGGCUGGCCAACUGCCAGCGGCUGGACCCUAGCGGCCAGGGCCUGUGGGACCCGGCGUCCGAGUACAUCUACUUCUGCUCCAAGCACUUCGAGGAGAAUUGCUUUGAACUGGUGGGAAUCAGCUGCUCUGAGGGCCGAGGGCCCACAACUCCGUUUUCCCCGCCGCCACCUGCUGACGUCACGUGCUUUCCUGUAGAAGAGGCCUCAGCACCUGCUGCCUUGCCCGCCUCCCCCACCGGGAGGCUGGAGCCUGGCCUCAGCAGCCCCUUCUCAGACCUCCUGGGGCCCCUGGGUGCCCAGGCCGACGAGGCGGGCUGCAGCACCCAGCCCUCCCCCGAGCGGGAGCCUGAGCGGCAGCCGUCCCCACUGGAGCCGAGGCCCAUCUCCCCCUCGGCCUACAUGCUGCGCCUCCCGCCGCCCGCUGGCGCCUACAUCCAGAAUGAGCACAGCUACCAGGUGGGCAGUGCCCUGCUCUGGAAGCGGCGGGCUGAGGCCGCACUCGACGCCCUGGACAAGGCCCAGCGCCAGCUGCAGGCCUGCAAGCGGCGGGAGCAGCGGCUGCGGCUGCGGCUGACCAAGCUGCAGCAGGAGCGGGCGCGGGAGAAGCGGGCGCAGGCCGAUGCCCGCCAGACUCUGAAGGAUCAUGUGCAGGACUUCGCCAUGCAGCUGAGCAGCAGCAUGGCUUGAGCGAGGCCACCCGGCAGGGCUCUGGCCGCGUCUUCCCUGAGUCCGCCUGCAGAGAGACUUGGUCUGAGCUGCGCCCACCAGA